CGUUAGUCAUCACCUGUAGAAGACGUAAACAAAGAUGGACGAGGAGAUUUUGGUGUAUGAACAGGAGGAGGUCUACACUCUACCCACAUCCCAGGAUGAGCUCUCCGUCAGUGGAAAAUUGCGUAUCUUAGAAAAGCGCCAUGGUGUUGUGAUUGAAUGGAGGUGCUCUGAUGAUGAGACAUCGGCAGACAGCGAGUGGGCAGUUAUCAACACAGCGGCUGUAACAUUCACACACCAUAAUGUCUCAGAUUCUGUUGAAAUUGCCACACCAAGGCGAAAUGUUCGUCCAAUAUCUAUAGAACUGAUAGAUCUUCGUAGCUACAAGAUUGGAGAUGAUGGAUCACUGGUAUUGAUCCAGCGUGAUGGCACCACCCACCCUGCCCUAGCUUUCCACUCGGGAUCAGUGGCCUUCUUUGUGGAGGUUCUCCACCGAUAUGUUGCUGUAAAAAACUCCGAAAAGGACCGUAACUUAUACCUGGUGAGUGACAAGCGGCAAGCAGCCCUAGAUGAUGAGCUGUUAGCCAUGAACCUUGUGCCAGAUCGACGGGGUCCUGGAGGUGGCUGGGCUGGGGGAGGGGGUGGCCAUGCCCACUGGAGCAAUACACAACAGCGAGUCUGGGGCUUCUUCAACAACCUGAAGCGAGACCCAUACACCACCACCAUUAGCACCCUCUCCAAGUUUUAUGAUGCUGUUUUGUAUAAUGAUGUUGAAGGAAGUGUCAGGGAGAGUGACUGUGAAGAUGAUGUUGCUGAACUGUUUCACAGUUUAAAUGGCUUUGAGGAUCUGGAGCCAGGGUAUGAGCUCCUGACAAAGAAGGGCACUCUGUCAGAGCGCCCCAGUGUGGAUCGUCUGGCCCCGAUGACACAUGAUGAUUUCCAGCAGUUUGUGGAUGAUGAUGGUCGUGUCUUGGAAGUACAUCAGCUGAAACAGAGGAUAUUCAGAGGGGGUAUCCACCCCAAUUUGCGGCGUGAGCUUUGGUGCUAUCUGCUAGGCUACAGUGAGUGGAAUGGGACCUACAUUCAGCGUGAGGAGAAGAAAAGGGAGCGAGAGAACUAUUAUUUCACCAUGAAGCAGCAGUGGAAGACCAUCAGUGAGGACCAAGAGAAUCGCUUUACAGGUUUCAAAGAAAGAAAGAGUCUCAUUGAGAAGGAUGUCAAUCGAACAGAUCGCAACCACCCUUUCUUUGAGGGUGAACACAAUCCCAAUGUCACUCUCCUUCAUGACAUCCUUAUGACAUAUGUGAUGUAUAAUUUUGAUUUGGGAUAUGUACAAGGCAUGAGUGACCUUCUUGCUCCUAUCCUCUAUGUGACACAGCAUGAAGCCACAGCUUUCUGGUGCUUUGUUGGUUACAUGGACAUGGUGUACCGAAACUUUGACAUGGACCAGUCUGGCAUGAAGCAGCAGCUGAUGGAUGUCCACCAGAUUGUGCGAGUUGUGGAUCCAGAGCUCAUGUCUUAUCUUGAAGUGCGAGACUCAGCCAACUUUUACUUCUGCUUCAGGUGGCUCUUGGUUCGAUUUAAGAGGGAAUUGAAUUAUGCCAAUACUCUAAGGUUGUGGGAGGUUUUAUGGACAGGCCAACCUUGUCCCAACUUCCACUUACUUGUUGCGGUUGCCCUGCUAGACACAGAGAGGAACACCAUCAUGGAGAACAAAUUUGGCUUCACUGAAAUCCUAAAGCACAUCAAUGACAUUUCAUUACGGAUAGACUUAGAAGCCACUCUCAAGAAGGCAGAGGCAAUAUACCGCCAGAUCGCAUCAUCUCCAAAUGUGCCAGACAGUGUGCGAACUGUGCUUGGACUCCCAAAGCAGGAGAAACCUAAGGCAGCACAGCCACAGCAGACAACCAAAAAGGGUACCGAUACUGAAGCCCAACCAGAAAGUGACAUUUGUGGUGGCGAAGGAGUUGGAGGUAUCGAUGGAGGUGGUGGUGGCCUGGUGAGUGUCGUGAGCAGCAUGAUUGGAUCAGCUGUACGACACCUGAGUGGGGAUGACCUGAGCAUUGUUACACUGGAUGGAGCUGCUGAACAUGAGCAGGAGAAGCAGUUUGAAGCAGCGCUCAGCCAUCAGUUCGUGUAGGUUGUUAAGGCUGCCAGAAAAGAGUUAGGUAGAAAUAAAAGAGCUAAAGCAAAUGCAUUAUUUGAAUACAUGUUUAUAUGUAAAUAUGAAGAUUUUCCAGUGAUAUGUUUUUCACAGUGGACUUUUUUUCUCGGACAAUUUUUUAUAUGUACUGUAUAGAGUAUUGUAAUUAUGAAAUUGACUGAUGUACUUUUGUGAUAAGAGAAACUACUGUGACAUAACAUUGCUUGUAUUCUUUUUGUGGUAAAAAGAAAGACAGGAUGAAUGAAAGUAUAGAGUAGAGUUUUAUUGGGAUUCAAGUGCAAUAUAUAUCUCUUUAAGGAAGUACUUACUGAGGUAAGUCCCAUGCUCAUCAUAAGGAUUAUUGUAUAAAUUUCACUGAAUGUGCACAAGGGGAAAUUGAGUUGCUUGCUUUAGAGGCUAGUUGAGGUACUGUUUCAUCACAUAGUGUAUCUUGCUUUUGGUUGCUCCCCAUUGAAAUGCUUCUCAAUAUUAUUUGCUAGAUGGGGGUAUAUUACAGUUCACUUAGGUUAUCUGUCAAGACAGACUCCUUGGAUUGUUAUUUGAAUUCAGUGGGAAAUGUAUUGUAUUAUUAAAACACUGGAUGAAACAAUAAGUUGAACUGAGAAAGAAUUUGCAUGUUCCACCAUAAACUUUAUAUUGUGGGUCAUAUAUUUUUAUUUACUAUUCAGAUUUUUUGAAGAAUAAAAGUAGCUGUAUUAUAUAUAUAUAUUUUUUUUUUUUUUGGGGGGGGGGGAGUUAAAUAUCAGUAUAAGGAUUUCUUGAUGCUAGUCAAAUAGCAGUGAAAUAGGCCAUGCUGCCACCUGCUCCUUGUAGUUCUCACUACACCUUUGCAUAAAACACUUUAUGGUGAGAGUAAAGGGGAAGCAAAAAUUUUUCAAAAGGAAGUAUUAAUGAUCUUAAAGUGAAUGUAAACAAUAUAGAAUUCAGUAGUUUAGAAUACAAUACAUACUUUCUCUGUUCUACCUUAUUGAUAUAUAUUUCCUAUGUUCUUCAGAAAUACCACAAAUCAUUCAUCCUUGUCUCCUCUCUGUAGCUGGAGAAAGCACAUCUUGGCAUCUAGUCAUGAUGUUCAAUUGCUUGUGUGUGUACCCACACCCUGGAUCCACCAUAAUUCUAUUGGUAGUUCAACAAAGAAUGUCAGUAUCCUUUAGCAUUUAAUUUCCUUUAUGUAGACAUUUAUCAGUUUAUUGCUUUAGUCAAUAUAGUGAAAGAAAUCUUUCACCAGGAUCUUGAUAGAUUGCUUUGACAGAAACCACAGGAAGUCGGUGGCUGUGUGCCCUAGUAAACUGCAUACUCGACUAGCACAGAUCCCUUUGGAUGGCAAGAGAAUACAGGUCUACCAGCAGCUUCAUAAUCAAAGGAUCACUGACUAAGCUAUGGCUUUGUGGCUUUUCUAUGAGGGAUUUUUUUGCAGCAAAAGUGGUGUUAACAGAGAGAGCCUUUUUUUUUUUUUUUUUUUUUUUUUUUUUUUUUUUUUUUUUUUUUUUUUUUUUUUUUUUUUUUUUUUUUUUUUUUUUACACUUGGUUGAUCACAUACAAUUAGGAGAGGAUACAUUGCCUAUGAGAUAAUGAAUAUGCUAAGACUAUUAUUCCUUUCCACCAGGGUUCUUUGGUAUAGACCAACACAAAGUGGCUUAGAUUUUAACCCUGAAUCUAACAUUUUCAACAGCUUUCUGAAAUUCCUGUUGCUCCAGCAUUUCAUAAUUGCAUGUUUGGAAUUGAUAUGCAGAAUGACCAAAUGAAGGAUGUUCCAAAUAUAAAGACUGAUUUUAGCUCAUUGGUAUUCAGGAUCUUAGCAUAUGAGUAAUAGUAUAUCUAAUAUCAUACGAGGUAUUGUUAUUUUUAAUUCAUUAUGCUCUUGUAGUGUGAUUAUUUUCUGAAUAUCACGUUACAGAGGAUUUUUUUCUGUAUUGCAUAUUAUCCAGUUAAUUUUCUUAGCUCCUCUCUUUAUCAGUGUUGUAUUAAUAUUUUUUCUAGUUUGUUAUCUAUAAAAAAUGGAUGAAGCUUUCUCUGCCACGCUAUUCUGUGCCAUGUUCAGUUUAAGGUUCAAUUACGCUAAUGCAGAUCUUCAACCAGUAAUCUUUUUGCUGAGUAAUUUUUAGCAGACAAAAUCUCAGGAAUCUUCCAAUUUUGAAGUCAUUCUGUUUUAAUGCAAAUUGACUUUGUAACUUAGAUUUCAUUAAGAAAAGUAUUUGUAUUCCCUUUUAAUUUUUAAAAAAUAUAUUUUGAGGGAUGAUAUUGAUCUAAAGUGUGAUUAAUACUGUUAUAAAUAGUAAUGUUGGUAUUGAUGAUAUACUGAGAGAUACUUAUAGAUCUGACAGCUGUAAUUAUUUUCUGCCAAAUUGCAUAUAUUUAUAAUAUGUCAGACAAAGAGACUAAGGUGGAGUGAGUGAUAGAUGGUGUUUGAUUGCACUUAUUUUCAUCAAAUUAUGCCAAUUUUGUAUACUUACUUUGGGAUACAGUGUUUUAAGUAUCAGAAAAAAAUUCUUGCAUCCUUUUUCUUUGUGAUAAAAGUUAAUUAUCAUCUCUUUAUGUGCAAAAAUGAAUACAGGUCAUAUAAGGUGCUAUUUUAUGAUUGACUUUAGUAGGUGAGGAUGCAAAAGUUCUAAUCUCCCAAUGAUUUUAAAGCAAAUAAUAUAUAAAAUUUAUUCUACCAGAUAAAGAUGUUAUGAUAAUUCUUAACUUUAUCAGUCUUGGAGAUGAUAAAUAUUUCUUUCUAAUUUGGUAUGUAAACUGAUUGCAUUUUGUUCUCUUAUGUUACUCCUUUUUGUAAUAGUUAUAUAUUUUUAAAUGAUAAGGUUAGUGUUUUUAUCAUAUAUUUUUUCUUUGUCCACAAAUUUUAGCUUUUUUGAUAGCAGCUUUCACAUGUUCAUUUGUAUAGGAAUAACCUAUGUUGCUUUAUGUUGCUUUCCAAAAGUGAACAGAUAUUUUCUCAGUGAUAUCUGCUCCUUAAAAUUUUCACUUUCAGUAGCACAACUAUUGUAGUGCUAAUGGAAGUCAGAAGCCACUGCUUUUAGAACACUUUUACUUUAGUGAUAAGUCAGUAUUUAGUAUCAUUAUUGUAGGUAUAAAUUUAGGAAAGUUGUUGAUUUUCUCUUUAUUUCUUGUAUAUUUUGUAUUUACUGUGAUAAGUUCUAUUUCCUUUUGUAUACUGUAAAUUGUGGUUGCUUUUCUUUACAACAUCUAUACUAUUUUAGAGAAGAUUCAGAUGGCUUGUCACCCAUAAAAGGCUGAGGCAAAAAAAUAGCAGUGAUUUUUACUAUGAAUAUUCUCUGAAAUCAUACACUUCCCCUGUGUGAUAUGCCAUUUCUGUAUUUUCUUAAUAACCUUUAUAGCAGUUUUGAACAUUCCUUCUUUUAGCAAAUGUGCAUACAAUUAUGUCAAUAAAUUUAUUUUACAAUA